GACAAAAUAAUGAUAGGUGCAUCACCAGAGUCUAGUUUGUAAGCAUCAGUUGAGUCAAUUAAUUUCGUGGGUUUCAAUUUUCGAAGAAAGGAACGAAGAUGGCAGACAAUUCACAGAACCUGAGUUUCCAAGCUGGGGAGAAAAAGGGCCAAGCUCAGGAGAAAGCCAGCAACAUGAUGGACGGGGCUGCCAAUGUUGCUCAAUCUGCCAAAGAGUCAAUCCAAGAGACUGGUAGUCAGAUGAAAGAAAAGGCACAAGGAGCUGCUGAUUCUGUGAAGAAUGCGACUGGCAUGAACAAAUGAAGCUGGAGGGAUCCAUCCGAUCCAUCCCUAUUCAGUUGUGGUGGUUGUUUUUUCAUUCAACAAAGAGGGCUCCUAUGAUCGAGUUUUCACCUUGUUGGUUUUUUUUUUUUUUUUUUCAAUUUCAAAUGCUCCUUUUACUUUUAUUAGGAGCUUGUUAAUGGUUUUUCCUCUGUAGUAUGAAGAGAGUUCUGCAAUAAUGCUCUCUCAUCGGCGUUUAUAAAACUUCGAGUCAUUGGUUUUAAGACAA